AUGGCUGACUGUCCGCGCACCCGAUUCUCUUUGCGAAGUAAGCUGGCCGCACCGGGCUGGGGUUAUUGUGAAUGGGAUGAAGGAGUUGCUCAGCUGGCCAGGGCCCGGCUGGCUUCCGUGCCCCCGACAGUAGGCGCCGUCAACGAGAAGAGGGAAGACCAGCUGCAGGUUGAAAUUACUUGUGGAAAAUAA